CGCAGUGUCGUAUGAAGUUUGAUGACGCAUGUUUUUGUUGUCCAGUUAUCCCGGCGCUGAGCAGUUGGCUCUGUCAGAGAAAAGUGAGAAUUCGCCAACGAGCCCAACCAACCGACUAGCCGAAAUAAACUACAGCGAUGUAGUUUCCAAGGAGAGUUGUUUACAAGUCUGCUGCUAACAGGCUAUAGCGGUAGCUCAGGUCUCAGUCCUCGCUGGGCUCGAGGAUACUUUGAACUACUGAGGUCAGCUGUUAGCUUAGCCACAUGCUAACUGACACUGCUGUUAUAGUCGCCGCCGUCCCUCCGUCUUCUAUGAAGCUGCUGCUGCUGCCGUAAACAUGUGGCAGAGUGUCGGGCUCACGCUGCUGGUCAUUGUGGCCACACUGGUGUGUGCGCUGCUCUUCAUGAUGUUUGGUUGGUAUGUGGUCUGGCAGCUCUUCUUGUCCAAGUUCAAGUUCCUGCGAGAACUGGUAGGGGACGCCAGCACCCCGCAGGCUGAAACCCAACCAGCUGAACCCAAGAGCGAACACUCAGCCAGCGCCACCACUCGAAAUCGCCCCAGGACUGCGCGCCAAAGGGUGGCCUUUUCAGAAACGUCCUCCUAGAUCGUGAAGAUGUCUCACUCUGACAACAAACAUCACACGUUUUCACCACUGACUUGACACUACAUCACACUUGGACCAUGUCCACAUUCAGUAUUUGACCUCCUCUCUCCUCACCAGGACACUUCAAACAGACCGGGCCGAGCUGCUGGGUUUUUAAAGGGAAAAGCCAUUGACUGUUGCACGUUUCUGUGGAUUAUUUAGUUUUAAUAACCUGUUUCAGUCUAACAUCUUUAUGGAGUUCAGGAAGCUUCUCCCUCACACAUCUGUCCUCCUCCAUACAUGUCAUUAUGUAUUUCCUUCAGACUCCUGGGCUUGUCUGUGGCAUUUCAACAGGAACAAAUAGAAAGUGUGACCUCUCUUUCUUGGAAGACUUGACGGUGAGGGAACGUCCAGGCUGUCGUUGUCUUGUUCCUCUCAUGGUUCACUGGAUUUGUGAGGAGAUAACUGUCCAGAAAUAAUAGUCUGACACAAACGGCAGAGCUCAUACACAUGUUUUUAUUAUUUUAAAUAGUAUUCAUUUUACUUGAAGAGUCAGAUGAACGUUUUUAGGUGUGUCGACAGAUUCUGUUGAGGAACAGCUCCUGGACCUGGUUGAGAAGCUGAACCUUCUGGUCUGUGUUGCCCGGGCGUCUCUGUCCUGCUGUCUGCACCAGUGCCUGUCAUCGUCAUCAUACAUCAUACAUCACAUCCACUGUUUAUUACAUGGCCACCUGUAACUUCCUGAUUGACGUUAGAGGGUGAAUUUAAGCUAACCAGGAGCUGGGGGUUAAAUAUUCUCUAUGGAGACAAGUUGUGUAUCCACUGCACCUUUUUUUUUAUUCACUGACUUUUUUGGGUCCUAAAAUGGAGCUAUAGCUUCAAAUAAAUAAUGCCAUAAAUGCAAAACCAUUGUGUUAUUUG